CGCGCCGCGUGCGCCGACGCGCGCCUUACCGCCAGCGACGCAGCGUGGGCCCUUGUUUGUGAGCGCGACGAGACGCGCCUCGCACACGUGGAGCUCGUCCUCUGCCGUAAUGAGGCGACGUACCAGAUGCACAGGGGGCACGAGCUCGCGCUUGCGCUCGCCAUGGACAAGUUCGAGCACGAGCGCCGGCUCGCGCAGGCGCACGCUGACGCCGCGCUGCGCGAACAGCGCGCUGCGAGCCGUGCCAGGGGAGAGGAGCGCGAGGGUAAGCGCAUCGCGCAGUUACAUAAAGAGGUUGAAAAGCUCAGACACACCCUCGAGGAGAAGGAGAACUGUCGAAAGGAGCUCAAGCAACUGGCGGACAAGCGUGCUAUCACGAUUGAAGAGCUCAAGGCACAGGCCAAGAUCGGGUCUGGCGCAGCCAAGCAUGCAACUAGCAAGCUCAUUCGCGGUCCAAAGAUCGUUGAGUCGUCCUCUCCACCACGAGCAAACAGCGUCUCGCGCCACGCCACCAGUGCCAGCAGCAAACCUUCUGCACGCGCUUUCGCCGUCCUCCCCGAUCCGCCGCCUAUGCUUCCCCCUGCAGCAGCCGCAUCGGCAGGCACUAAACGCAGAAGGCUGCCGCCCAUGCAAGGUGCCAGUGAGCCUUCCAGCAUGCGUGGUGGCGAGGAUGACAACGAGGAGGAGGAGGAGGAUGAGGAGGAGGGUGGAUGCGGCGACGUGGACACCGACGGCGCAGUCGGGGAGGCAGCGGAAGGAGCGCGGCGCUGGAGAGCUGCAACGCCUAGUCCUCAUUCACGCAAGAAACCUGCGGCUGCUGCUUCCAAACGCAUUGCUACUACCGAGGCAACCAGGCGCAGAUACCGCGACGAGGAGGAUGAGACGGCUGAAGAGGUGGAAGGUGAGGAAGAGGAAGAGGAAGUGGAAGAGUAUAGAGAGAGCAGCAGAAACAAGCGCCGGACUGCUGCAAGCGGCACGACGAACACCAAGCGUGCCGCGCCGCGAGCCGCCGCGCCCUCAGCUGCUGCAUCCGCAGCCAAGCCGAUGGCGUUAUCGCGCGCCCAGGCCAAGAGCACAGCAGACUCGAUCCGCGAUUCGGUCGAGCGCACACCCAUGUUGGUGUCCAAGGCCAAGGCGGCAAGGCGGAAGCCUCUAGGGGAAAUCGGACAUGGAAGUGUUGCUGCCCAACGAGGCGAUGGCGGCGACGAAGAAGGCGAGGACGUCAACGGCAGCGGCAGCAAGGGUACCGGUGGUAAACGUGGAGCGUUCAGCAUCUUGGCAGUCACAGCUACCACCACCUCUGUCACCGCCAACAACCGCAGAAUAGGGACCGCAAAGGCGAAUGCGAAGGAACAGCAGGCACCUGCGCCGGACGCUGUCGCGGUCGCUGCUGCGGAGGGCGGUGCGGAGGGCGGGAAAAAGAAGCGGCGCAAGCUGCUGGGCGGAGGCAACGCGCUUGGUCGCCUGGCGCUUGGUUCUGUAGAGGUAAGCGAGCACGAGCCUGUCCUCACUCUGCAAACGAACCUAUUCACUGAUCACCUUUUGCAUUUGGCUUUUUUCUUUGCUGUUUUGCAACCACAGGGCACAUCAUCGCUGAACCCUUCCUUUGCACUCCCGCUCGAGCUAUCACCUGUCAAGCCGGGCGCAGCCGGGCGCCAGCCGCUCGGGAUUGCGGGUGGUGGCGGCGGUGCCGGCUUGAGCGUGUUUAGGUGAGCGCUGAGCGCACCCGGACGAGGGCUGUUGCGCGUACAGCGUGUUCUGGACGAGUCACAUUGCUGUUGUUCAUUUGUACAUACGUUUGUGCUGCAUUUACCCCCGAAGCAUGGUGGUGCCGUGGUUAACUCUCUGCCUGACAGUGUGUAAGGUGCGAACGUCAACGGCAGAGGCGGGCACAUACACCUGCCCUCGUGAUUGCUGCACCAGCCGGCACCCACCAUCAAUGCCGGGCGUGCACAUUUGUCAAAA